GCUUCGUUUUUUAAGCUAUCCCGAAACGGCAAAUCCAACGACAUCACGGCGGCCAGCUACUACUGGGACUUCCGACUCCUGCCUCUCGAUACUUGUCUCCAUCCACAGCUCUCGCGCUCACCCGCCAGCUCUCUUCCAAUCCAGACCGCAACCAACUGCCCGUCUACGCCCGUCUCCAGCCAUUCGAAAUCAGCGAAAACCCGGAAAUCGCCAGCAUGUUCCGCUUCCACAAACCCCUCGACACCGUCACUCUCUUCCACAAGGCCGGCUCGCCCGCUUCGCUGAGGGCGGUCGCGCUCCUAAAGCAGGUCUCCGCCAACGCUUCCGAGACGGCGACGGAGGACCAGGCGAGUGACCACACUCCGCAGUCGCACCCCAAGCGCCACCGCCAGCAGUUCGAGUUGAACAUCACCGAGGAGCCGCCGACGCCGGACCAGCUCAAGACCAUCCUCGAGUACGUCGGCACGAGCAGGAUUAGCUCUUUUGUCCAGGGCGCCUCGACCGAGAACGAGGCCAUGAAGAGGUUCAAGGAGAGCGCCGAAAACUUCCAGAGACCCGUGAUCGUCGAUUGGAAUCAUGGCAGGGUUGUUGCUGGUGACAAGGAGUCUGAAAUACUCAAAUUGUUGGAGGAAGUGAACAGCAACUAGUCACCGGAAACCAGAACCUAUAUUUGCUAUAGGACCUCCAGUGUCAGGAAAUUAGAUCAAAUCGCCAACCUCAAUUGCUUUUCAGGGCACUUACAUAUCGGCGUCUAGGGUUGUUGUCUCUCCUGUUAGCAAGAAAACAUGGAUUUUCUCCUUAUACUGUAAUUAGUCACACAGUGUUUGCACCCCUACGCCUCGCUUGUCGUAAAGCUGCUAUUCAAUCUCUAUCAAGCCAGCCGUUCUACAUUCGGCCCGUAUAAGCACAAGUGAAUAAAUGUGGCGAAAUUCACUCUCCCGAUAGCACAGCAAGGCCUAUCUAUAUCACAUAUCGUCGGCAGAA